AUGCUCGACGUGUUCGAUAUUAGGAGGUCUUGCGAAGAGAACAACGACCACCUCGGACAACCCAGCCGCAAUUUGGCCUCAAUCCAAAAGGACGACUGGGGCGCCUAUGGUUCAGGCCACAAAUUCCUGUCCAAAUUAUCGAGAAGUGGAGUCCCAUUGAGCUCAUACGCGUAA